AUGGCCAGGGCAACCCCAAAGGGGAGCCCGGAGCUGCGGCGAAUCUCAGCAAAGGACAAUGCCCAGCACCAACCACGAGGGGGCCCAUCGGACCACCUGGUGACAGCACAGGACCUGGGGCUGCUGGCCCUCAGGUCCCCUGAUGGAGGAGGAGCCCAGUCAGUCUCAGAAGCUCUCCCCUCGGGCACUGAGCACAAAGGGACAUCAACCCAAGCCCGGCAAUGCCAGCCACAGCGCCCACUCCGCGGCUUCACGUGGACCACGGGGGACCAGGACACCGCCUUCACCAACUGGGCCCAGCUGGCCACCGGGGGGCCCUGCCCGGCCCAGCGCUGCGUGGCCCUCGAGGCGAGUGGCGAGCACCGCUGGCUAGAGGGCUCGUGCACGCUGGCCGUAGAUGGCUACCUGUGCCAGUUUGGCUUCGAGGGUGCCUGCCGGGCACUGCCAGAUGAGGCGGGCCAGGCCGGCCCCGCCGUCUACACCACGCCCUUUCACCUGGUCUCCACAGGAUUUGAGUGGCUGCCCUUUGGCUCUGUGGCCACCGUGCAGUGCCAGGCUGGCAGGGGAGCCUCUCUGCUCUGUGUGAAGCAGCCUGAUGGAGGUGUGGGCUGGUCACGGCCUGGGCCCCUGUGCCCCGGGACCGGCUGUGGCCCCGACAACGGCGGCUGCGAACACGAGUGUGUGGAGGGUGUGGAUGGUCACGUGUCCUGCCGCUGCACUGAGGGUUUCCGGCUGGCAGCAGAUGGGCACAGCUGUGAGGACCCCUGUGCCCAGGUCCCCUGUGAGCAGCAGUGUGAGCCCGGCGGGCCACAGGGCUACAGCUGCCACUGUCGCCUGGGUUUCCGGCCAGCCGAGGAUGAGCCGCACCGCUGCGUGGACACAGAUGAGUGCCAGAUCGCUGGCGUGUGCCAGCAGAUGUGUGUCAACUAUGUUGGUGGCUUCGAGUGCUAUUGCAGCGAGGGGCACGAGCUGGAGGCUGAUGGCAUCAGCUGCAGCCCUGCGGGGGCCAUGGGCACCCGGGCUUCCCAGGACCUCGGAGACGAGCUGCUGGAUGACGGGGACGACGAAGAGGAGGAAGAUGAGGGCUGGGAGGUCUUUGAUGGUAGCUGGACGGAGAUGCCGGGGAUCCUGUGGAUGGAACCAACACAGACGCCUGACUUUGCCCUGGCCUACAGACCCAGCUUCCCAGAGGACGGACAGCCGCGGAUACCCUAUCCGGAGCCCACCUGGCCGCCGCCACUCAGUGCCCCCAGGGUCCCCUACCACUCCUCAGUGCUCUCCGCCACCCGGCCCGUGGUGGUCUCUGCCACACGCCCCACACUGCCCCCUGCCCACCAGCCCCCUGUGAUCCCUGCCACACACCCAGCUUUGCCCCCUGACCGCCAGGUCCCGGUGAUUGCAGCCAACUCUCCAGAUCUGUCCUCUGCCCACCAACCCCGAAUUAUCUCUGUCACUCACCCUGCACGGCCUCCUGCCCACCAGACCCUCAUUACCUCAACCAGAUAUCCUAAACUGUUCCCUGCCCACCAGUCCCCCAAGUUUCCAGAUACCCAGGUCGCUGAUACCCAGACCACCACCCCUUUGCCUCGGAAUCCAGCUAACCGUGCCCCUCUGGUCACUACCCCCAGUGCCCAUCAACCCCCUCUGGCCCCGGAUAUCCCUGUCUUCAGAACCCAAGCCACUCAGCUUCCCAUCAUCCCGAGAGUCCAGCCCUCUCUGACCCCUACCUCCAGGUCGCCUGUGUCCCCUGCCCAUCAAGUCCCUGUGCCUGCUGCUACCCAGCCCCCAGCCCUCCCACCUCCCCUGUCCUCCCAGAGUCCCCCUAACGAGACCUUGCCCAUCAGCCCUACACAUCCUCCUUCCAAAGCCCCCCAAAUCCCAAGGGAAGGUGGCCCCAGUCCCAAGUUGGUCCCGUGGUUGCCCACGGCAGCCCCCACAGUCCUGGCGGAGGCUGGUCUGGCAGGCCACAGGCGGAGGGAUGACCGGUGGCUGCUGGUGGCACUCCUGGUGCCCACAUGCGUCUUCCUGGUGGUCCUACUCGCAUUGGGCAUUGUGUACUGCACCCGCUGUGGCCCCCAUGCGCCCAACAAGCGCGUCACCGACUGCUAUCGCUGGGUCACCCAUGCUGGCAGCAAGAGCCCAACAGAACCCAUGCCCCCCAGGGGCAGCCUCACAGGAGUGCAGACCUGCAGAACCAGCGUGUGAUGGGGUGCAGACACCCCUGCAGGGUAGGGGAAAGGUGUGUGCACUGGACACGUGGCCGAGGCUGCACCAGGGACCCAUGUGGGCUACCCAGCUGGACAGAGGGCGUCCUACUACCCGGCCAGCCAGGCUCCUUUCAGUCAACCACUACUUUCGGGAACUCUGCUCCCUGGCCCAGACUCCCGACAGAGGAUACGCCAAGGCCUCCGAGACCUCAGGGGGUGGGUGCUGGGGUCUUCUCCAAUAAAUGGGGUGCCAACCACAC